AUGAAGUCAAUAAAUAAACAUCACCUUUACUCAGCAUAUUUCUCUCUUUCGGUGCUAUUCUGUCUCUCUCUUUCCAGACCAUUGCCUUACGUCUUCAAAAAAAAAAAAAAAUGCCGCUUCAAACGCUACCGGGAACCUGUCCACUUGCCAACACUGACUCGUUCAGCCUGGCAGAACAUCAGAGCGUCAUGUCAGAAUGAGAGACGUAAACGUCUUGCACGAGAGAGAAAAAAAAAAGGUUUUUACUCUGACCUUCAAUACAUCCACGCAAAAGGCAAUUUCCUCUCAGAGCGAAGCUGCUUUCUCAUCAAUAAAUUUGCUUUCUUCCAUUCUUUAUCUCUAUCUCUCUUUCUCUCUUUCUCUCUCUCUCUCUCUCUCUCUCUUUUGUUUAUUUAUUUCUGUCUGUCUUGGUGUCUUCAUAUCUUCUAUCUAUCUAUCUAUCUAUCUAUCUAUCUAUCUAUCUAUCUAUCUAUAUAA